AUGGCGCACCUGCACGUGGCGCUCGAGUUCGGCGAGGAGAUCACGGAGGAGCAGCUCCACGCGCCGUUUAAGAACAACCCGCUGCACUACAUCGCUCUGCACAUCUGUCGCCGGCGACUGAUUACGAAACCCGAUGGCGUAUUUACGGAGAUCCAGAACGGGGAGGCCCGUAACAAGGACGAUGACACCGCACGGACACAGCAGAUGACGUCAUGA